AUUUGGGAACCAUUACUUCAUUAUGAGACACUUGAUUUGUUUACCCGCCAUAUUGGAUUCUGCAAAAAUUUAAAUGAAAAUCCCAAAUCUUUUGCUCGUUUUGCAUUACUAGGCAAAAUAGAGGUUGGACAUGGAUCGAGGACGUAAGAAGUGGGGCAAAGCAGAUGUGAAUCUGAAAAUUCCACCAGAUGAUAUUCAGAGUAAGCUUUCACAGAAAGAAGUAGACAAAAACUAUGAGGAAUAUCUGUUACUCCUUCAACAGAGGAAUAAAUUGGUCAAAAAAUUGAAACAGAAAAGUCAACAGGAGAUUGAACUUGAACAAAAAGAACAUGGCUUCAGUCUCUAUGUUAAUGGUUCCUAUGGAAACAGUGGGCCUACAGCUCCCAAGCACAAAUCUCCAAAACAGGCAGCCUCAGGAGGGGGAGGGGCUGGUGGAGGGAAAUUACGCAAAACUAAAACAGCAGGAGAUGCACCUCGUGCUAAGCAGAUCAUAACUGAAGAGGAGUUACUUAAAGCUGAGGAAAAAUUCAAAGAGUUGGAAGCUGCAAAACGUGCCAGGACUGCACCAGCUCCAAGGAAGAAUUGGCUUGCAGGUUCCAUUGACAUCAAGACUAGAAAAGGAGAAAAGGUCAAAGUCAAGGCUCCAAGUAAGGUGACUGGCAACUACAGCGAGGACUUUGAGGAGUACACCAGUGAGAACUUUGAGGAACACAACAGCGAGAGUGAGACUGAUGAUGAUCAAUCUGAGCUUAUGAGGCAUAUGACUAUGGUGUUGGAGAAGGAGACUGAGACUGAGAGCAGUGAGAGUGAUAUUGAGAUUGAUGCAGGGAGACAUAGACUUAAUACAGUACAAGAAGAGGAUGAAGAAACAAAUGAACAACUCUUACUUAGCAUACAAGAUGUAAAGAAACUGAGGCAGAGUCUAGAAAUGAAUGCCAGCAUAAAGCAGAGUAUAGCUGAAGAAAUCAGUACAGAUGAUAGUGGCAGUGAUAUACAUGAUGAUGAUGAUAUAUUUGAGGAGGAAGAUAUCAUAGAAGAGGUAAUCGAAGAGCAAAUUGAACCAUCUCCUCCAAGGGCUAAACAUUCCUCUUUUCUUGAUCCAGGGGAGACAUUGGUACUUGAAUUUGGACCUACCAAUCCAGGUAAGAAACAAGAGCGUGACUUAUCAGCUGCAAGAAGGCCAGAUGCAGAAGAGAUCAGCCAAGUCAGGAAAUCUAAAUCAUCACCUAAACAUUAUGUUCCCAAACCAAAAACUUCAAUUGAUCUUAAACCUACGACUCCUGUAAGAAAGUCUCGUCCUCUGUCAGCAGCCCAAAGGAAGAGUCGGGAAAGUGAAAAUGUACUUGAUUCCACGGCUGAUACGUCAGCGGUACUUGCUGCCUUAAAAGCUGAAAAUGAUCAGGUUGAAAAGAUGGCCAAGCAAAGUGCUGUAACUAACAGAGAUGAGGAAGAUCAUAGAAGAAGUACAGAACCUGGUUCUGCUUUAUUCGAUAGCCAAUCAGAAGAUGUCGUACCUCGUGAGUCUCCGACCAACCUAUUGUCAGAUGAAAACCUACUGAAAGUAGUGGACAAGGUUACAAAGAUGGAUUCAAAGGAUCAAAAGAAGCUUUUUAAAGCUCUGGUGAAGAUAGAGAAGACUGUUUCAAAACCAGGCACCCCUAGGACUCCUAGGGCCCCAUCCGAUAAUGAUAGAACACCUAGAAAUAAUGACAGAACACCUAGAAAUGAGGACAGAACACCUAGAAAUGAUAACAGAACACCUAGAAAUAAAGAUAGAACAGCAAGAGAUAGUGAUUUAACACCCAGAGUAAGUCAGGAGGACCCUGAUAAGACACCAAGGUACUCAAGCGUGACCCCUAGAAACCUGGAGUGUCCUCCUUUGAUUGAGCUCCAUAUAGAAUUACUCUCAAACUGGGGACAUAAGAGUCGUAUUGGUUUAACAGAAAUACAGAUCUUUGAUAUGGAGAAGCGACGUAUUCCAAUCAAUGAGUCGGAUUUGGUGCUUCAUGGGGUCAAACAACCUAAAGGAGAUUUAAACAAUCUGUUCAAUGGCAAAUUCAAGAGCACCAAAGAGCGCAAUAUGUGGAGCUGUAGCUUCACUCCGGGGGAACCAGUAGAAUUUGUGUUUACAUUGAAGAACCCAGAUGUGGAAGAGAACUUUGGCUUGUCGAAAAUAAAGCUAUGGAAUUUUAAUAAAAGUUUAACAGAACUGACAGUUGGCGUUAAAGACAUCCGUGUGUUCCUUGGUGGUGAACUAUUAUACGAGGGUCAGAUCGAACGUGGCUGUGGCAACCAAGUGUUUGACUAUAGCACUACAAUUAACAUCAAUGAUGCUUUAACACCUACACCUAGAGGCAACUUAGGCAAUAUUUCACACCCUAACAGUACAACUCCAUCCUCUGAAGGAUCUACCCCUUCAACAGUGCACAUUGACACACAUAGUGAUGACAUCACCACAAGCAUUGAUGAGUCAUCAGUUCAAUCUAAAAUGGCUGAUUUAGAUAAUGACUUAGCAAUGCUGGCUGAAACUAGUAAAAUUGAAGGCCCCACUAGAAGUGAAACUAGAAUUUUAAGACAUUCAACAGAUGCAACUUUAGAACUACCAGUUGUAGAAUCUCCUCGUGAUAAAACUAAAGGUAUAUCUAGUCCCAUUCAACCAACAAACUCUCCGAGACAAUCAACUUCGCUGAGACAUUCAUCUGAUAAAGGAACAAAGAAAUCUCAAACACCCAGAUCCUCUAAGCGCAUGGCGGCAAAAUUAGGACCAAAUCAACAACCAGAAGAGGCUAAACAAUCAACUAAAAUUGUUACGGAUACAUCAGGCAAUACUACUCAAUCAACAGAAAAUGUGACCCGGUCUAGUCAGGAAGAUCUCCCCAUGCUUCAGCAAAUCAGAGAAAUGACAAGAAAAUCUUCUCAAGGAAAACCGAAGUGGCUCUCUGAAGAAAAGAAGAAAACCAGUAAAGAUAAACCAAAAAACAAACCAUCAUGGCUUAAAUCUACAGAUAUGGAAAAUGAACCAUUUGAAGUGCCUCCAGAAAGUAGAUCCGGAAGAGAAAGUAGUCCCAGCAACCCAACACAGAGUCGUGCGGAAACUGCCUCUCGACAGAAAGAUUUCAAGACUCUAUUAGAUGAUGAAUCCCACUUAGAAUCAGCAGUGCCAAAAUAUAUGCAAUCUGAAACAGGGCAGGGUCAUUUAAGUGAUGAUGAAGACAGAAAAUGGCGUAAUCGUCGAAUGUCAGAUGACUCUGAGAUCGAAGAAGCAGAAUCUCAAAUGAAACGAAUAGAAAAUUCACGCAAUAAAUGGAGAAAGGAAGAGGAGUUGAAGUUAGAAGAAUCUUGGUCAUCUUUAAACUUAUUCAACAAAUCCCAGCGUGGGAGAAUAUGUCUCGAUAUGCAGGGUGAUGUCAUGGAUGAAUAUCUAGAGAAACGUAGGGCUACCCCUAUCCAAGAGGAAAAGGAUGCAACUAUAAAUGAACCUGAAGCUGAAGAGUGUGUAAUUCCUGAGCUCCCCACUGGUAGGGAGCUUGUCAUCAAUAUACUCACUACAUGGGGUGACAGACAUUAUGUUGGCCUUAAUGGAAUAGACAUCUUCUCUAAAUCAGGGGAGCCUAUUUCUGUACAGUCUAUAAGUGCUGACCCAGCAGAUAUUAAUAUUCUCCCUGGAUAUUCACAAGAUCCCCGUGUUGUAACUAACCUUAUAGAUGGCGUGAAUAAGACCCGAGAUGACUUUCACAUGUGGCUGGCCCCAUACACUGCAGGCAGUAAUCAUAUUAUACAUAUUACAUUUGAGAAACCAUGUAGUAUAGCACUACUGAGGAUUUGGAAUUAUAACAAGUCCAGGAUUCACAGUUAUAGAGGUGCAAAGACUGUUGAAAUGUGCUUGGAUGGUCACUAUAUUUUCAAGGGGGAAAUAGCAAGGGCUUGUGGAGGGGUUAUGGGAGGAACAGAAGCCUUUGGAGAUACCAUUUUGUUCACUACUGAUGAAGAAAUCCUAGAGAAUGUUUCAAGAUAUGAUGACGCAUAUGAGAGUGAGGCUUUCAGUGAUGACGAUUGGGAAGAUGACGUCCCGUUUGAACGCCCAAGAACAGCAGAUGAAGAACUUCAGGAGAGGCCAGUUACAAGGGCAACACGUCAAUUGCCCAACCAGCCAUCAGAGACACCUAUACAAAAACUUGACACAGUAGAUAUGGAGACUGUUCCGUCCUUUACUAAUAAUGCUACUUAUAAUGAAGAUGGAGUGUAUGAGGGCAAAUGUAUUCAACUGAACUUUACUGCAACUUGGGGUGACCCAUACUACCUUGGCUUAACUGGCUUAGAACUUGCUGGUGUGAAUGGUGAGCCUAUACCACUUAAUAUGGAUAUGCUAGAUGCAGACCCAAGAGAUCUCAGAAUGUUGGAUGGUCACCAGCUAGAUGAUAGGACAUUGGACAAGCUUGUAAAUAACAUUAACAUAACCAUGUCAGAUGAGAACAUGUGGAUGGUGCCUUAUACUGAAGGAGAGCCUCAUACAGUGACCAUUAACCUGAGAGAGACAACUGUCCUCACUGGUAUACGCUUUUGGAACUACAAUAAAAGCAAGGAGUGCACCUAUAGAGGGGCAAAACUUGUCCAUAUCAAACUUGAUGGCCAGUUGAUCUCACCACCAGAUGGCUUCCUGUUACGUAAGGCUCCUGGGAACUGUCACUUUGACUUUGCUCAAGAAGUCCUCUUCAAUCAGAGUAGUAUGCUGAAAUAUGCUGAAAUCCGUCCAAGAGAAAUCACUUUAGGGUGUGGCGAUAUAUCAAAUGAUAUUAAUGCAGACUAUGAAUCCGUCCAGAUGCCAAGAGGCUUUAUUUACCAGUUACAUCUACUUUCAACAUGGGGAGACCCAUAUUAUGUAGGCCUUAAUGGAAUAGAGAUCUAUGAUGCAAAUGGGAGGAAGAUUCAACUCACUGAUAAUAAUAUAGCCUGUUACCCAGAUAGUGUAAAUGUAUUGGAGGGUGUACAGCAUGACUGUAGAACUCCAGAUAAGUUAAUAGAUGAUGUUAAUGAUACCACUGAUGGGAGACACAUGUGGCUGGCCCCAGUACUUCCUAAUAUGGUGAACAGUGUAUUUGUGAUAUUUGACCAACCAGUUACAGUUUCUAUGAUUAAACUGUGGAACUAUAGCAAGACAUCACAGAGAGGGGUGAAAGAUUUCGCUCUAUUGGUUGAUGAUCUCCUUGUCUACAAUGGCCAACUAGAGGCCUGUGUUCCCAUAGCAAGAGGUAUACUGCCAACCUUAGACUUGCCACAGAAAUACCACACGAUCUUGUUCACUCAAGAUAAAGAACUACUAAGAAAAGAAAAGCAUACUGUCAUAAGUAACCAAGUUGGUGGCCAGGAUGUGCAGCUGACAGACGAACAGACAAUUGUAGGUCACUAUAGCAACCCUAACCAGGCAGAGAAGCUAGUCAACCAAGCCCUACGUCCCACCACAAGUGUUCCAGGCCAGAAGAGGAAAGCUAUUGUCUAUUAGUGCAGUGGAAAACAUCACAUGUACCAAGAUGUUAAAGUGUGGCUCAUAUAUAGGCUUAAGUCAGUAUUGACCAAUGUGGCUUAUAAUAGAGUUGUCGUAGAACUUACAGUAAAAGAAGCCAGUUCUCUUAAAUUGUAUAAGUGCAUAAACUAGGUGUUCAAAUACACAUUUGAUGACACUGGGUUGUUGACGGAUUGUUGAAUGCAAUUUAUUGUCAUAUUGUUCAUAGUUAUGGAUGAAUGGAUCAGUUGAGCUUAAUGAAUUUGUCAUGGACUGAUGGAUUUGGCUAAUAUGAUGAAUAGAAAUUGAGUAUAUACAGAUAUACUGUCUAUUAUAUGGGUCAUAAACAAACACAAGGGACAUAUAAAGUGCCUGCUGAUGUGGAUCAUAUGAGGAACAAAUACUUUAUUUUAAUUAACACAUAUUCUUCAAAUGUCAUGCAGAAUCAGUGAAUGGAAUAUAUGGUGCCCAGAAAAUGCCUAUGUGUUCAUUUGUAUGUAUUAUAGACAGAAUCCUCAUAGAGGCAUUUUUACAUUAGUAGAGAUUGUAAGAAGCUUUACUGCUUGUGUAUAGAAUAGUUUUUUUAAAUAUCCUAAAAUCAUCAAGCCUAGUGUCUAAUAAAUUGUGAAGGUUGUGAUAUAACAUAAAAUAGUUUAGUAUUUAAUAGAUGAACAUGAAGAGCAUGUUUGGACUAUCAUUAGUUAUAUAUCAUCUGAAAGGAAAUAUUAACAAAAAUCUGAAUCUGAGAUUAUAUUAAACUGCAGUCAGUCUAUCAACAACAUUCCUUUCAAAGCGCAAUAUUCAUUUUAAUUGAUGUUCAAAAUAAUGUAUAUUUGUAUAUUUAUUUUGAUAGUACAGAAAUAAAUGUCAGUGACAUCAAUUUA